CUCCUCGCAACCAUGGAAAGGCAACAGGCUUCGCGUCGCGCUCAGUUCAAGAACAAGGGCAUCUUUGGCACGGAAGAGCUCCGCAGGCGCCGCGAGGAGGCCCAGGUCGAGAUCCGCAAGCAGAAGCGCGAGGAGACGAUCGCCAAGCGCCGCAACCUCAACGCCUCGAGCGGGCCCGACUCGGAUGAUGAGGAGGGUCCCGAUUCGUCGUUCCUCGACCAGCUUCCGGCCAUGAUCCAGGGCGUCUUCUCGGACCAGCCCGACCAGCAGCUCGACGCGACGAUGAAGUUCCGCAAGCUCUUGUCCAAGGAGCGCAACCCGCCCAUCGAGAAGGUCAUCGAGUGCGGCGUCGUCGCGCGCUUUGUCGAGUUCCUCCGCAGCAGCCACUCUAUGAUCCAGUUCGAGGCGGCGUGGGCCCUCACCAACAUCGCCUCGGGCACGUCCGAGCACACGCAGGUCGUCAUCGAGUCGGGCGCGGUCCCCGUCUUCAUCGAGCUCCUGUCGUCGCCGGUCCUCGACGUGCGCGAGCAGGCCGUGUGGGGCCUCGGCAACAUUGCCGGCGACUCGCCCAAGUGCCGCGACUACGUCCUCGAGCAGCAAGCCCUGCGCCCGCUCCUCGCCCUCCUCAACGAGCCGCACAAGAUGUCGAUGCUGCGCAACGCGACGUGGACCCUGUCCAACUUUUGCCGCGGCAAGAACCCGCAGCCGAGCUGGGAGCUCAUCUCGCCCGCCCUGUCGGUCCUCACCAAGCUCAUCUACUCGCUCGACGACGAGGUCCUGAUCGACGCGUGCUGGGCCAUCUCGUACCUGUCGGACGGCUCGUCGGACAAGAUCCAGGCCGUCAUCGAGUCGGGCGUCGUGCGCCGCCUCGUCGACCUCCUCAUGCACCACUCGACGGCCGUCCAGACGCCCGCCCUGCGCAGCGUCGGCAACAUUGUCACGGGCGACGACCUCCAGACCCAGGUCGUCCUCGCAUCGGGCGCGCUCCCGGCCCUCCUCGCCCUCCUGUCGUCGCCCAAGGAGGGCAUCCGCAAGGAGGCGUGCUGGACCGUGUCCAACAUCACGGCCGGCAGCCCGCAGCAGAUCCAGGCCGUCAUCGACGCCAACAUCAUCCCGCCCCUGCUCAACAUUCUCCAGAACGCCGACUUCAAGACCAAGAAGGAGGCGUGCUGGGCCCUGUCGAACGCGACCUCGGGCGGCCUCCAGGAGCCGAGCCAGAUCCGGUACCUCGUGUCGCAGGGCUGCAUCAAGCCCCUGUGCGACCUCCUGCAGUCGACCGACAACAAGAUCAUCCAGGUCGCGCUCGACGGCCUCGAGAACAUCCUCAAGGUCGGCGAGGCCGACAAGGAGCACAACAACGGCGUCAACCAGUACGCCCUCUUUGUCGAGGAGGCCGGCGGCAUGCUCGCCAUCCACAACCUCCAGCACCACGAGAACCUCGAGAUCUACCGCAAGUCGUUCUCCAUCAUGGACACCUUCUUCCCCGACGAGGGCGACGAGGCCGGCAUCGAGGGCGUCGAGGUCGACGAGUCGGGCGCGUUCGCCGUCAGCGGCGUCCAGGCGCCGACGGGCGGCUUCUCCUUCGGCCAGAUGCAGUAG